AUGUCGGAUGUCAAGGUAUACCUAAAGCCGCGACCAAUAUCAGCUACUUAUGGUCACUCUAAACUAUAUACCAAGCUAUCUAUAUACCAUCCAAACGACGCUCAGAAUUCAAGCUUCAAGUACGGUCCAUUCCUCGCUGACUACGGGGCGGUCCCCUCUGAUGCUACAGAAGAAUACACCAUACGCUCGCCCUCCCUAUCCGCCCAUCUCGCUCUAUUCCACAACGAACUUUUACCUAGUCUCCAGGCCAACAUUCCCAAUCCAAACAAAACAAGUCGUUCAUGUUGGCCUAGUCUUCUUCAGCUUGCCAGGUCGAAACUCGCAGGGAUAGUUGACUUCCGGCUAGAGUGCGAAACUCACAUUGUUCGCCUCUGCAAAGGCAAUAGCGCACCAGAUCCACCGACGGAACCGUCAUUCAAUACUACUUGCUGGUGGUAUAGGCUGGUCUUUUCCAUCUUGUCUCGGGACGACAGAGAGCUGCGCGACAACGACGACACCGAAAUACAGAUACUGGUCUGGGCCUACAUGUAUGGAUGCCAUUUUCUCCCUAUGUGUGAUAUGGGCCAAUUUUCGUGA